AUGGCGAACAAUGCCACCGAUAACAUCCCACUGCAGACUGUCGUCAGUCACACACCCUCCUACACGCCGACCGUCAAAGAAGAGUCCGAGAAAAGCGGCCUAUUCCAUCGAGGCAGGAGGCGGGUACAGAAGAUCGAUUCGCAGGGCAAUGCCAAUCUCACCGACGCUGUGACCGAUGACGACGAGAAGACGGCCCUCAAUCGCAUGGGCAGGAUCUACAUGAAGAUACUCAACUUCAGCAUCAUCACCCGCUACAUGAUCUAUGUUGCCCCGCUGGCGCUCAUACUGGCGAUACCCAUCAUCCUCGCUGCGACUGGUGUCAUCACGGCCAAGAUUGGAUCUGAGCGAAACGCGAAUAAUGGCUCAGAUCCGCGCCUAUUCUUCAUUUGGAUCGAGAUCAUCUGGCUGAGCUUCUGGGGAUGCAAGAUUGUGGCCCAUUUCUUACCCCGCAUCUUCGAGUUCGCUAUCGGCGUAGUGAGUCCCGGAGUCAAGAAGUAUGCUCAGCUCAUCGGAGCGCUCGAGAAGCCAUUGUCCUUCGUCUUCUGGAUGAUCGUCAACCAAGUUACCUUCCAAGUCCUCAUCGUGCGCAACAGGGCAAAUAAGCCCAACUGGAUGUCAAAAGUCGGAUCUGUGCUGCUAGCGCUGCUCGUAUGCACCUGCAUCAUCCUCGCCGAACGGCUCUUGAUCCAGUUGAUCAGCAUAAGCUACCACCGGAAGCAAUUCGAUGGGAAGAUCAAAGAGUCGAAACGCAACAUCUUCCUCCUUGGCCUACUGUACGAUGCGUCCAGGGCUCUGUUCCCAGCUUACUGCAACGAGUUUGCCGAGGAAGACUAUAUCAUCCAGGAUGGCCUCUCAUUUGCUUUGGGUAGCAAGAAAAGCACCAUGGCACACAAGCGAUCCGGCUCUAAGACUCCGAUGCGGCUUAUCGCCGAUGUAGGUCGCGUUGGAGAUAAAGUCGCGUCUGCAUUUGGGACUGUUGCGCAGGAGAUGACCGGCAAGAAGGUCUUUGAUCCUAACUCGGCCCACUCUAUCGUGCUGGAAGCCCUCGAAAACAACAAAUCAGCUGAAGCUCUGGCUCGUCGUAUAUGGAUGUCAUUCGUUGUUGAGGGUAAGAACGCCCUGUAUCAGGAGGACCUCGUUGAGGUAAUGGGCGCCGGCCGGCCAAAGGACGCUGAGGAAUGCUUUGGAGCGCUCGACCGUGAUGGCAACGGCGACAUCAGUCUAGAGGAGAUGAUCCUCACCGUCACUGAAUUCGGCCGAGAGCGGAAGUCCAUCGCCUCCAGCAUGCACGAUGUCGACCAAGCUAUCAACGCCCUCGACGGACUCCUCUUCGCCAUUGUGUUCAUAGUCUGCAUCUUCGUCAUCAUUGCUUUCCUCAGCCCUAGCUUCGUCGGUACGCUCGCGACCUCUGCUACCGCCCUGCUCUCGCUGUCCUUCGUCUUCGCCGCGACCUGCCAGGAAGUCCUCGGUUCCUGCAUCUUCCUGUUCGUCAAGCACCCCUACGAUAUCGGUGACCGUGUCGACAUCGCCACGGAUCAGCUCACAGUUGAGCACAUCUCGCUCCUCUACACAGUCUUCAAGCGGAUUAACAACGGCAAGAUCGUGCAAACGCCCAACAUCGUCCUCAACAAUCUCUGGGUCGAGAACAUUACUCGUAGCAAAGCCAUGAGGGAACAGGUCUCCAUUUUCUGCGCAUUCGACACGCCAUUUGAGGAUAUCAACGCUCUGAAACAGGAAAUGAUGGCCUUUGUUCGUGAUCCCCAGAACAGCCGCGAUUUCCAUCAGGAUAUUGAGGUCGAGGUCGUCAGUAUUGCGGAAAUGAACAAGCUCGAGCUACGAGUAGAGAUCCGACAUAAGAGCAACUGGUCCAACGAGAACCUCCGCGCCGCCCGACGCUCCAAGUUCAUGUGUGCUCUCGUUGUGGCCCUCCGUAGGGUUCCCAUUGCUGGUCCAGGAGGGAGCGACGCCGCUUUAGGCGAUGCCAACAAGCCGUCAUGGUCGGUGGCCAUCUCUCCUUCGGAUGCUAUUGCAGCUAGGGAGAAGUAUCUUGCCGACAAGGAUGCCUCGCGACUGUAUCCUACGAAGAAGAAGCCAGAGGAUGACGAGGAUAGGGGCAAAUCGACUGACACCGACUAUCUUGGUCAUGGUUCCGAAGGCCACGCAAUCAAUGCCUUGAACAACCGCAAGCCAGGGGUUGACACAGUCCGCGAUGACACCUGGCUUGCUCGUGACGAUGCUAGCACUAUCGGUCGCCCGAGCACGGAUGCACGUCCGGAUCUAGACGAAGUGCGUGGUCUUCUCCACAAGGCCAGCAGCGGCGGACGACGAAAAGGCGGUGCCACUCUCACUCCUGUUACUAGCACGGAACCUCGUCAGGGCAUGCCUCCUAUUCCAAUUCCUGUAAACCCGUCCCCGCAGGCCUCCAACUUCGGUAACCCGUAUGCUCCGAUACCCCCAUCGGCUCCUCGCGCUCCGACUUCUCCGUCAUCAGUAUCGACCGGGCACAUUGAAGAGUUCCAGUACCAAAUGAUGAUGCCUCCACCGCGCAACCAAAGUCGCCCAGGCGCGCCCCCGACCUCGGCGCCGCCUCCUCUUCCGCAAGGUUCUGGCGCGCUCAGGCCGAGCCCUUCGACAAGGUCUAACAAUCCUUACCGAUCUGGAGAGACAUCGCCUGAGCAUCAGCACCCGUACAGGCCGUGA